AUGCUGCCCCUCGUCUUUUUCUUUAUUUCUCUUACCCAUACUGUGAAUAGUGGUGGCGUGCAAAUAGUAACGUGCGCUGUUGCCGUUGGAAUGUUUCAGCGACCAUCUGUUCAUCCACAGCUCUGCAAAAAUCGAGAUGACCGUGUAUGUAACGAAAUAUUCAAAAAUGGCGAUAAUGCUGGGGAGAUAGCUGCAACAUUGGCAGCGCAAGCCAAUCCGUAA